AAGAAAAAGGUACUAAACACGUAGAAAAGAGAGGGGGAACCUUUGAGGCAAGAAAACUUGUUUGUACGAGUCGCCGAAUAUAAAUAUCAAUUCGAGGCCAAAAGGUACCAGUCUAAGAUCCGACUAGGCGUCGAGUCGGUUACGCGUCCACCGAACUCAAUCGUUACAACUUCCUCUGGCCGUGUUGCAAAGCUGUCGACAGUGACAUUUCGCGGAUCGAGCGGGAACGUUCGCGUACAUUCGUCGAAAUCGAUAGAAACGCGACUCCAUCGAGUCAGUCGCUUCAAAGAUGAACAUGGUCGAGGAGUACGUCAACACCAGCAAGCUCCAGUACCAAGAUGCGAUCGACAUCAUCGACGAGUUCCAUAAAGAGAUAUCGGAGACUAGGGGCAAGUGCAUCGACGUUGGAUGCGGACCUGGAGACGUCACCAAGAACUUGCUCUUACCGAAAUUACCGUCUGGAGUGGAGGUAGUUGGUUCAGACAUAUCAAAAUCGAUGAUCGAGUACGCGCGACAGAAGUAUCAAGGCGAGAAGCGAUUAUCGUUCACGUGUUUGGACAUUCAGACCGAAGAAUUGCCAAACGAGCACGUCGAACAGUACCAUGGCUUGUUCUCCUUCUUCUGUUUCCACUGGUGCCAGAACAUGGGACGAACCUUCGAGAACGUAUGGAAGAUGCUACGUCCAGGUGGGACAGCCUUGGCCAUGUUUCUAGCUUCCACCGAAGUUUUCAACGCUUACGAGAAGCUACACAAGAAUCCACGAUACAAACCAUACAUGCAGGACGUGGAUCGUUUCGUGCCUUACUUCCAUCGUUGCAAGGAUCCCAGGGCUGCCUUUAGGAAGAUCCUGGAAGACAUUGGUUUCGAAAUCCUGCAUUGCAGCAGGAGAGACAGAACCUUCAUUUUCCGAAACUCGCAGUCACUGAAAGAUUUCAUGAUCCCCAUCACGCCCUUCGUUUCGCGGAUCCCCGAUCAAGAGCUUCAAAAUGAAUUCAUGGAUGCGUUGAUGCGUGAAAUAACGGUCAUGAAGAUUCAGUUCUCGGACGAAGACUACAGCGAUCAGCGAGAACUGGGUAUUCUGGGCAGAUACCAGCUUCUGGUCGCGUACAUUAAAAAACCUUGCGACGUGCGCUGAGAAAAUAUAGGGAACUCUACUCUGACAAUUUUUGAUAAAAAUAUAAAUAUUAAUUUCUCUAGAUGAAACUUUGUACCAAUAAAAAUAAAAGAAUACUUUUGUACAGCUGCAAUCGAAAUUCGAGCUGCAAU